AAAAUGAACCUUAUUUCCCUCGGUCUGGCUGUGGCGGGAGUUUGGCAGUUGCAGAGAGGGCGGCAGCACCUGGUGUUCUCUGUGAAAUGUGAGUUUUAACCGCGUAAGGCAGCGCUCCAGCUGCUGUCGCGGUUUUGCCGACUCAUCUUCUGUCUUCGGGUCAGCCCGCAGCUCCCAGACCCUCCCCGUCCGCCCGCGGGAACUCUGGCGGCCCAGGUGUUAUUCCCUGGCUUCUGCAGCAUUCGUGCUCAAUUUUUCCUGGAAAGCCCAUUUGAAAUGGAACCACGAUCCCAGGAGCAGUUUGCUCAUGCCGUUUUGGCGUUAGUGUUGGAGUGGCGGCUAUGGAAAGCUAUUGUUACUUAGCUGCAUCUUCGGGGAAAAUGUGUGGUCUGUGACUGCCCUUCCACCUCUGGGAAGCUUGCCUGCCCGCAGCUUGAAUGCGAAGUGUUGUUCGAUGUCAGCCUAGGAGGGGUUAGAAAAACGACUGCUGAUUAGAAUGGGAAUGUGGACUAGUGUCCCAGUUGCAUUUGGGUUAAGACUUCUGGUAGUCUCUGUUUGAAGCAAUAUAUAUUCGCUAUGUUUUCUGUGUAUUCCUUUUGAAACUCUCCUUCUCACUCCUACCUGCUCCCCCUGUUUGGCCCUUCUUCCUCCCCCACUGGUUGUAACUAAGCCAGUGUCUCAGUGCACUAAGUUCUGCGAUGGAGCAGAUUUGAGAACUUUCUGAAUGGUUCGUGUCAUACUGCAGUUCUUUGCUUCUUCGGUAGUUGUCUUAUUUUCUUUGUAACUGCAUUAUGAGUGCAGCCCCUGAUAUGAUGAUCGUUUUCCAAAUGCCAUCAGUAUAUUUAGCCUGGACUAUUUCAGACUAUUACAUUCCCCCUAUUUGGGAGGAGGGGGAGAAGGUUCUGCAGAGUGGGAUGGAACAGGAUAGCGUGAGAAGCUGUUUUGCAGAGUUCCAAAGGGAAACUUUCUCUUCACAUUUGAUCGGAAUUAAUCAUUGUCAACUUUCAUCCUCUCUAGAAAAGUCCUAGACACAGAUCACAGCUUUAAGUGUAGCUUUAGAGUGCUUCCACAUUAUGGAGGCCCAUGUCACCAUCUUAUCCCAGUGUCAUGUGUGUUUUCCAAGAGGUCAUCAGAGAUAAGGUUUGAUGCAGUCCAAAAGGCACUGUUCUGUUGUGUGGCUGUUCUUCAUGCCUAUGUGAAGAUACUGAGAAAUAACUGGAAAAUUAACUUUGUCGUGCAUAUGGAUUGAAAUGCAGCAAGUGCUGAUUUGCAAGGUAAAAUGGCCUUAACUGCUUUCAUCUUAUGAAUGAGCAUAGAUGUAACCAAUUCUUGCACUUUCACUAACAAAAGGCUUUGUGUUCCCUUUUAUUUAUUGUUUAACUGCUGGCUUUUACCAUUGGGAGAUGGUGACUUUGGAUCUUGCGUCUAAAUCACUGAGAAACCUUUCUCAGUGCAACAGUGUAACUUCCAGAACAAAUCGGUCAGUCACCUCGGCAGGAAAUCCUUAAUAUGGAGCGUUUCCCAAGUGUGCCUGAACUACGUCUUAGGAAAUAAAGAAAUGGAUGGGAUGGAUGAAACAUCUAAAAAAAUCCUAGAGCCAUACCAGUAUUUGCUUCAACUACCAGGUAAACAAGUGAGAACCAAACUGUCACAGGCCUUUAAUCACUGGCUGAAUGUUCCAGAAGAUAAAAUACAGGUUAUCAUUGAAGUGACAGAGAUGUUGCACAAUGCAAGCCUACUUGUGGAUGAUAUUGAAGAUAACUCAAAACUACGACGGGGCUUUCCAGUGGCACACAGUAUCUAUGGAAUUCCAUCUGUAAUCAACUGUGCUAAUUAUGUUUAUUUUCUUGGCUUAGAGAAGGUUUUAACCCUUGAUCAUCCAGAUGCUGUUAAAGUUUUUACCCGUCAACUUCUGGAACUCCAUAAAGGACAAGGCUUGGAUAUUUACUGGAGGGAUACCUACACCUGUCCUACAGAGGCUGAGUAUAAAGCAAUGGUACUGCAAAAGACAGGUGGUCUGUUUGGAUUGGCUGUAGGCCUCAUGCAGCUGUUCUCAAAUUAUAAAAAAGACUUAAAGCCACUUCUUAACACGCUUGGUCUCUUCUUCCAAAUAAGAGAUGACUACGCCAACUUACACUCCAAAGAAUAUAGUGAGAACAAAAGUUUUUGUGAAGACUUAACUGAGGGCAAGUUCUCAUUCCCAACCAUUCAUGCAAUUUGGUCAAGACCUGAAAGUACUCAGGUGCAAAACAUUUUACGUCAAAGGACGGAGAACAUAGAUAUAAAAAAAUACUGUGUACAUUACCUUGAAAAUGUUGGUUCUUUUGAGUACACUCGGAAUACAUUGAAAGAGCUUGAAUCUGAAGCCUAUAAACAAAUUGAAUCACUUGGGGGAAACCCUGAGCUUGUAGCACUAGUUCAACAGCUGAGCAAAAUGUUCAAAGAAACUGAAAAUUAAAAAAUUAAUUUCUGGGUGUGGAUUAAAACUCUUUUGGAAAUGGGAAAAUAACCAGAUGGAGAGGUGCGAUAAUCAGUCUUAUGUAAAACUUCCUCUUGCAGCCAAGUUUCAGAAAUUGCUGUUAAAAAUAACUUGGCAUUGAGUUUUGAAAUAUGUACCUUAUUAUCUCUAAAGUCUUAAUUGUAACUGCUUUACAGUUGGUUUUGUUAAAGCAGUUGUACUAGAACUAAAGAAGUUUUAAGUCUAAAUGUAAUAGUCGUGACACAAUCAUAGGCAUUAUUUCACACCUAAAACUGUUGAGCCCCUAACCAGGCUAUGAUAGAAUUCUGGUUGAAAUUCUGUGUUUUAAAUUAAAUCAGGUUGACCUAUGUGUAUAAUGCAUUUUAAACAAUGCUCUUGUAAACCAAAAUUUGUGUUUAAAAAAAAAAGAUACUCGCAACCACAAUGCACAUAAAACUGUUGUGUGAUAUUUCUAAGUUUGACUUGUGAAGAUCAGGUGAAUCAGUUUACUGUGUCCUGGGGUGAAUAUGCUAUCCAGCUUUUGUGGAUAUUUUCAGGGGAAUGUGAAUUAUGAAAGAUACAAUUUUGUAUGCAAAUAAGAUAUGCUCAGUCUGAAAUUGUGACUUCAUUAAGAUUUUGAAGUACCUGAGAGAAAAGAUUUCAUCACAUCAGCAAAGGGCAAAUUUGCUGCUGAUUCCAGCUCUGCAGUGAGUGAUUUUGCUCACCUGGUUUUAGAUUUUGAAAUUGUCAAACAUUCUGUAACCAGAAACUUAAAUCUAUGCAUUAGCCCUCAUAAAUGACAAUAGAAUAAGCUGCUAUUAGAAAUGGAAAGGGAUUCACACCAGAUAACUAUAGGACACCAUAACUGGUGCAGGUCUCUUUUAUCUCUGAUUAUAAUUGAGGGGUUUCUCUAAGCCUUUAUUCAUAAUUCAUAUUUCAUUCCUGUUCUGAAUUGCUGUCUGGAGGCAUUUUCUACAUCUCUCCAAAGAGACAAGAGCUGUAAUUUUUUUGUUAAAGUACAGUAUCUUGUUUUACAAGCUACAAUACCACUUCAGUUUUGUUAAUUGCUUAAAUAGAGCUUUAAAAUUAUAGACAUACCAAAAUAGAACUGCGACUGAGAGCCAGAUUUAGGGGUGGGGGUAGGUAUCAAUAUAUAUAUAAAUAAAUAUAUAGAAAAGUGUUAAUAAAAUGUAAGCAGAGAAACUUGUUUUUUUAAUUGCCUGGGCUGGCUUUAAUCAGGUUCAGUUCCCUUAGUAUUCACAGGUAUAUUAAGCUUUGCUUUGGGCUAGCAAGGUAAUGGUUUGGAUCAAAGGUAGGACUGGUACUGUAAGAUGUGAUGCUAGCUCAAGCAUACUCUGAAAUGGACAGAGGUAGUUGCCUUCUGAUGGCUAAAGGAUAGUUUUAUUAAGGUGUUCAUUUACUGUACCUGGAAAACAGGGAGAGCUAUGAUCUCAGUCCCCGAGAAAACUAACUGAAGGAGGUUGCUGUAAUGCCUUCCCUGGGCAGCCUUAAUAUCUUUCUGAAAGUGAUCAAACAUGACAAAAUUGAGGAUGACUGCUUUCAGUCUGAAAUAUGUAGUUAUGGAUGAUAGCCUAUUCCUUUUAUCUGCAUGCUGAGGAGAAAUCUUUGUCUGAUUAGACACAGAAUAAUAGGCUUUUCACUGAAUGGACCUGGUUACCAGGACUGAAUAGCUUAAAGUUGGUGAAAGGUGUCUUUAAUGUUAAUGAAAGAAAAUUGUAAUUCCUUUUUCAUAACUUGCAGUGCUUAGUAGGCCUGUAAAUUUUUAAUGUGUUAUGUGAAAAUACUAUCUGCAGCAAAUUACAUUUAUUUUGUGUCUUGGUAGUUUCUAAGCACUGUUGCAGUUAAUGUUGAAUGGGAGAAAGCACUGAAAAGAUUAUUGUUGUCAUGAGUCUCCUAGUCUUACUGUGAAAUGUAUCCUUGUGCCUGUUAGGAUAUUGUAACUGCAACACAAAGCGAAGUGCACUUAGUGCCAUUUCAUUUCUGUUCUGUUGCUGGAUGUAAACAGUUCUGUGUAAUCAAACUUUCAUAAUGAAGUAGCUUUUCUGACUUUUUUGUAUUAAGCUUUUGUACCAUCUGAGACUUCUGCUAUGUCAUUGCUCUUUUGUUUCAUUCUGGCAAUUCACCCCAGUAUUUAUUCUAAUUCUAUAUCUUGUAGCAUGUGCCUUCAUUUUGAGUGGGUACUUGGAUUUUUUCCAGUUGCAGACCAUUUAAACCACAAAUGGGUAAGAAGGGAAAAGUUGGUCCAGCUUUCUUUUCCCAGGUUACAAGAAGCCAUGCAAUUCUGUCUUACUCUUCUGCCUUCAGGGUGUUUGAUGCCAGUAUUCAAAGCAUGUGCUGAAGGUGUAUCUGAAGAGGCCCACAAGUAGAGCAUUGUUGCUCUUUACUUUCGUUAGGAUAAACAGGAUUGUGAGAGCUUUUUUUGAUGUAUUCAGGAGUUGGAAGAGGCUGGGAUAUUUCCCCUUCAUCUGUUAAGCUGGUAGAGCACUUUAAGUACUAAAUACCAGUCAUAAUGAUGUCCCUUAGUCAAGGCAGAUUUUAUAUUUGGUGCCAUCAGUCUGUGCAUUUUCAUCAAUAUUCUCUGAUGUUAUCACUGAUACCAGCUCCUGAUAUCAAGCAGUGUUAGGAAAAACCCUUCUUUAAAGCAACAUGGGAGUUCUUGUGACUGCAGAAUUAGUUGUGUAAGUGCCCCUCUCUGUUGCUAUGCCUCUCACAACACAGAGAGUAGUGAUUUUUCCUGAUCUUCAUAAAAUAUUCACUGCUGUACGAUGGCAAUCUGAGUUGCAAGUGGAGAUACCCACGGGGAAACAAAGGGGAUGCUGGUUUCAAUGUCAGUCCCUUUGAGCCAGAAUCAUUCCCUUUAUCUUCCUGCCAUUGCCAACAUGUUUUACUUUGAUCAGGUUAUCAGUGCAGUUCUUGGGGGUUUAGUUCUUGCAGUUCACAUUAAGAGAAAUGCAAAUACUCAUCAGUCUGGAGCAUUCUCUGCUACCUCAGUCUGUUUUCUGAUUGUGUGCUUGCUUGGAUGUAAAUGAAUGCUGUCACCUGUCUUAGAGUAGCCAGCCAUUGGAUGGGACAUCUGUCUUUGCUUUUUCAUAGGCUUAUGUUUACCCCAUCAAUUAUGAUGAAAAUUGCAUCAUCUCAAGACCUUCCUGAGGAGAUAGCUUUUUCCUCUCCUUCUGAAAUCAGACCAUUCAGGUACCCACUCAGAGCAACUUUGUAUGUAUCAGCCAGUUGUUGAUACAACACAGAAAUGUUAAUGGGAAAGAAACUGUCACCAGUUCUUUAUGCGUCUGCUUUUUGGUUGAUUUUGCUAAUCUGUCUGCUUAUGCUAUGGAAAUUUCCUGUAUAAGUGACUGUUUUCCUCAGUUAUUGUUAAAAUGCUAGCAAGGUAUAAAAACGUGGGGUUUGUGAGGGGGUUUGCACUUCUCAUAUAAAACUGGUUUGAACUUUAAUAUGCCUUUAUCACUGAAUUGGGCCAGGCUUUUAUUCAUGUGCAAGAGCCAUAUGGGCAUCUGCUGCUUUUCUUUGUCCCAUCUUAAUCAUUUUACAUUUCAGGCUUGGUAUUUGCUAAGUUCUUUGUAUUAUUUGCUCAGUACUUUCACUGUAAUUCUUCUUUCAGCUGUAUUUCUAUUCUGCUGUUAAUACCAAGCACACAUAAUACCAUCAAACUCGGUUUUGAUCCUGGACAAACAUAAUAGUCUGGGUCUUCUUUUGAAAUGUUGAAUCUUGACUCAUCAUUCACUGUCACAAAAGUAAUCUAUGAUUAAUCUGGGAUUUUCUGCAACCUUGAAAUUCCUGAAUCUUUUUUUCCAGGCAGCUAAAACCUGUAACAUUUUAUAUGACCAUAAAUUAUUUUUGUCUCAUGUAGCUUGAGCUACUUUCCUUGCCCUACAUGUUUGCUUUCAAGAUCCAUUUUGCUUUGGUGGUAGUGCCUGUUAGGUCUUUCUGUGAAUGAACAUAACUCACUAGCCCUGAGGGAGAAAAGUUAAUUUUUGUCCAGGUUAAUGAAUUAUCCCACUCAGCAAGAGCCUGAUGAAUGUCAGAGUUGGCAGGUGGACAAAGGCCAAGGAAAGAAUUUGAGAGAAUAAGAAAACUCAUUUUUGCCUCCUGAGGCUGCCUCAUGUAAUUUCACCUUGUUUUACAGAAUUUACUUGACUUUGUUAGGAAAAGCUGAAGUGUGUGUCUAGUAUCUCUGAGCUUCCCUUCUUGCUUUCCAAAUAGACUGUAAGAGAUACUUAAGUUAAAAAUUAUUUAUUCUGGUAAUUAUUUAUGUAACUUGCAUAUAUCAUCUAAAGAUUUUGAUUAAAGGUACAGAUAAAACAGAGUACAUUGUUUCAUUACUGUACAUUUCUUUCUCUUAACAAUUUUUCUUUUCUUGAAGUCAGGGAAACAAAAUCUGCCAUUUGCCUAUUUGAGUUGAUUACUACCUCACAUUAACAUCCUUUCUGAAUAAGUUUUAUCAUAGCUGAUCAUCAAUGUUCAACCUCUUCUGCAGCACUUAUUUUAAAAUUACUUCAGAGGCACCUUGUUGAGAUGUGGCUAGGAAUAAUCCAUGAUUCAUUAACUCACUUCAAGCAUAAACUUCUAAUAAAGUUUAAACUUUAUUAGAAAAAAUGUGCAAAACUUCUAAUGAAGAUGCAGAUUAAACCACAUUAACCCUGAUAGUGUUCCUCACCUGUGUACCCUAUGGAAUAAAUAAGUUCUCAAUUAACCUACUGAAAAGAUAUUUACUGAUCAUCUCUGUUUAGUACAGCAUAGAGAAGCAUGGGAGAUACACCAAGAAGGCCUAAUGUCACAUUUCCAGGGAAAGCACUACACAACCUGACAUGAAUUUGUGUAGAAGACUAACUUUGAGGUGAAAGGAAAUCAUAGAUAAUUUUCUGCUUUUGAACUCCAGGAAAAUGCUCUACUCAUUGGUAUAUGAAUUACAUGCUGACAGUUAAGCAGCUGCAUCAUCUCUUGAGCACAGUAGGUCAUUUUCACUCUCUUCAUAAUGUUUCAGAUGCUAUUUCUAGAGCAUACAGGGUGAGCUACUUAAUCACUCAGUAAUUACUGAGGUCUGUAAAAUGGCAAAUGCAUGCAUUUUGUUUAUGUAUUUUGAAAUACAUAAAAACUCUCCUAUUCUCUUGCAAUCUGUGUUACUCCACAGAGAACUUCUGUUGGCUGAGGGAGGCAUAACCUUCCACUAUCUAAAGUUAUUAAAACCGGGCUGACACCAAGCAUGUGUGAACAGAUUGGAGGGGAAAAAAGGUUUGCAAGGAAAAAAAACCCUAAGUUCUUUAAAAGUAGAAUUUCCUACAAUUGCAGAGUUAGUAUAUGAAGCACGGAACUAACUCUAACACUUUUUCUGUGGUUUUGACUGAAGAACCAUUUUUAUUGGGUGCUUAUAAAAUGCUGAAGUUGUAAUUUGAGGUAAUGAGGUGAAAAUGUGAAAUUGGUCUAGUUGUUUCAUUAGCAAUGGGACUGUCCUGUUCCUUGUCAAGUACAGAUCAUGAACUAUGGCUAUUUGUUGAUUAUCAUCUUGGAAAUAGUAAAUACAUUAAUUUGACAAACUCCAUGUAGAUUCUGAGAAUGGUUGGGUUACCUGUCAAACAGGGGAAGAAAUGGGCAGUUGGGGUGAGAAAGAUGAUAAAAAGUAUUUUCAUGUUUUCAGUGCCUUUCCUUUCAGGCAGUACAUGAAGUGGAGGAUGCUUUCAGCUUGGACCUUGGGAAAAGGGGAGGAGAGGAACAGUGGAGAGCAAAAGAGCUUGCUGCUUUUAUUCAUACCACUAUCCCUGUAGCUUCAGCUAUAUGGCUUGGAACUGGAACAGAUUGUUCCAAGAGUGCCCUCUGUGGGAGAUGAGGGGCUUACGAAUCCAGAUGAGACAGCGCCACCACCAAAAUGUGGGAAGGACUAGGGUAUCUAUCUAUCUGUCUAGGGUAUCUCUAUCAAUUCUAUUAGUUGGUCUGAAAUAACACAUUACCUAUGGCAAAGGAAGACUGUGAAAAAAAGGCACAGAGUUCUUUGCUGGAUUGUCUCCUUGAGGUGCAGCUGCUUUAUGCAAGACAGUAACUACUCCCUCAAAGCCUGUUACUUGAAAUUGCAAGUUAUCAGCAUGCUAAAGAAUACAUACAUUAUCCAGAUUAUUUUGAUUGGAAUGUGUUAGCGUUACCAAAUACCCAUACCUGAUUUCUGUGGUCAGUAUCAUGGACUCGAAGUAGAGAGUGCUAAUAUGCUGCCUGGCAGAGGAACAGACAUUUAAUGUAAUGGAGCCAUAAUGGGACUGAAAGAGCUGCUUGAUUAUUCACGGUCAUGAUUGUUCUGGUCUUGGUGGUGCCAACAUUCAGAUGAUACUGUUUGCAGUAAGCUGUUGUGAGACAUUGAACUAUGAAACAUAAAAGAUUAAAAAAUAUGAAAAACA